UUACAGGGCACUCACUGCACCUUACUGACCCAAGCAGAAAAAGAGAAACCGUCUGUACAGCCAGACAUUAUUAUUAUUAUUGUGUUUGAAAAUGCAUUUCUUACUCCUUGCUCCUGUCGUAAAAACAACACAGCCCUUUAUCAGCGCGAGAGACAGAUGCACGUCUAAAAAUACCCUGUUCAUUCCCAUCUGCACAGAUUCACAGCAAGCCUUGUCCGAGCCCCUGCCUUUUUGGCAAGCACUCUGAGAAUCCUAUCUCCUGUUCUUACAUUUUUUUUUUAUUUUCUGUACACUCAAGGCCACCUGUUGUUCCGUCGCCUUGCAGCCCACAAACUCCCUAUUUUUUUUCCCCCCUUUAAGAAACAAAAGCAACAAAAAUAAAACCCAGCCCUACAGUCCCAGACAGUGCAGUUGCAUGUAAAUCUGUGAGCGGAUAGUGAGCUCCAUGGAAAGCAGAGCUGGGAUGUGGGGUGCACUGCUUGGCUUCAUCCUGCUUCAACCUUGCUUGUGUUUGCCGGACAGGGCUGAUGUUUCAGGCUAUGAGCCGAGUGACCAGGUCCCCAGAGCGGAUUCAAACCUCUCGACAGGAGGAGCAGGCUUCAGGAAUCCUUUCGGAAAGAAUGCCGGAGAAAGGGAACCAGGGGUUGUCGGUUUAGAAGUGGGGGAGAAGAUGAGUUUGGGGGGGGAUGACUCCUCUCAGGGGGGCCCCAGGCAGUCCCUCGGGGUUACGAACGACCCUGUUGGCCAGGAUUGCCGUCUGGAGUCCUGGGGUGAGGUUUUGGGAAUCACCUGGAAGCAUGAGAGGGAGUUCUUGUCAGACCUGCGCCAGUCCUGGAGGAAGGGAAAAGGGAGCUUGUCCCAGUUCGGGCUCUGUCCUGCAGCCCCCAGCCACCUGCUUUCCUCCCUGAAGGACCUGGCUGCUCAUCUGCAGAACCCCAGAGAGGGAAGCAAGCUGCACGCACUGCAGCCCAGACAAGAGCGUUGGGAGGAUCAGGGGCUGCACCUGGAGUUCAGCGUGCCUGCUCACUGGCGCCCACUACAGGACCAGCUGACCUCCGCCCUGGUCUUCUAUCCCUAUAGGUCCACCCUGAGCGAGGCAGAGAGAGGGGUGGAGGGGCUGAGCAUCUCCUUUGCAACGGAAUCCCCCAGCCGACACAACCAGACUGCCUGUUUCUCUCUGGACACCCGAUACCUCGUCCUGGACGCAGAGGGGCUGCUGGAAAACUCCACUCACGGGCAUCCUGUUUACAGAGUCCACCUGGGGAUCCACAGCGCUGACACAGGCUCUCUGCAGCAGUUCCUGAUUGGGGAGGAUAAGGAGUGCAACACAAGGAUGAGCCCAACACUGCUGGUCCUGGUGGACGGACAAACGGACAGCCGGCAGGACUCUCUGAGCAUUCCCCCCCCGCAUCACUGGGACUCCACCUACGAGUUCCUCAAAGAGCUGAAGGGUUUCCUGAGCGCUAUGCUGCGUGGUGAAAACGAGGGGCCCCCCCAGCAGCUGCAUGUGGACCUCGACAGCCUGCAGUCCCUCCCGCACGGGUACCUCAACGCCUCCUCCGAGGACGUGGCUCUGCUCCGGCAGCUGCUCGAAUCCCACGCCCCCACGCUGUUCCGCUUCCCACGCCGCCUCGAGGAUCUGCGGGGCCACAGAGUGGAGCUGGUGCUGGAGGCAGACCUGCUGGACCUGCUGAACACCCGGCUCACCGACACCGUCGCCCAAAUCCAGCGGCAGAUGGAGCUCCAGAACCACGGGGGCCUGCCCCAGCUGCAGAGGCUGCUGCGAGGAUGCUUCCACCUGACACAGGGACGAGGCGUGCCCCCGGAAGAGACGCCUGCAAACCCGCGGCAGAGGCAGUACCACUCCCUGCUCUUACUCAAAGCCCUGCAGACGGUGCUGUCCGCCUGGGAUCAGCGAGGGCAGAGACAGAAACCGACCCGCCAGGACCGCAGCCAGGAGCACCACACGGACUGCGGGCUGCGUGAGCUCUCCGUCAGCCUGCUCGAGUACAAACACAUCCUGCAGCCCAAAGACCUGUCCAUCGGUAACUGCCAGGGCCACUGCCGCUUUCCGCUCGCUGACAGCGACCGGUAUGAGCACAACAACCACGUGGUGCUGCUGCUGCGCCAGCACGAGAGGGGCCCCGGCCUGGAGAGGGCACCCUGCUGCGUCCCCGUGAUGUACAGAGAAGUACAGGUGACAGAGAUCACAGUUUACGGGUUCAAAGUCUCAGACAAGCCCAACAUGAUCGCUGUGAAGUGCGGCUGCCGGUAGCACCCUGUUUAAAAUCUGCUCUCUCACACUCACAAAUAAAUGAGCUAAAUCGUACACCCAGUAGGAGCUCCAGCAAUUCGUAUUAGACAUUAGCCUACUUGUUAAAUUAUAUUGAAUGAUCUAGAACUAGAUUGUCAAUAGUCUGGAUGAUAGGUCUGUUUCAUUCACACAGAAGGUUGUACACACAUCCGCAUUCAAAGCAAUACAUAAUAUAACCCAAGCACACACAUACCCAGUCAUACACACACGGUACUAUUUUCUACAUCUGUGUUUAAUAUUUAUAUUUGUGUGAUCAUUGUAUGUAACCAGAUGAAAACAUUGAAGUUCUUUUUUUAAACAAUAACACUUUGCUUUUGCUGUAAUGAAUAUUAUAUAAAUAUACAUAUAUAAAUGACAUGUGAUCAAUACUGCAGGUUUUCUGUUUCCCAAAACCCUUCAGUAUUGAACGUGGGCACAUUUUGCUGCUGGCCGUGGAUACAGUAUUAUCUUUGCAGCCGUGGCGAUUCUGCAACAGAGAACACAGAAGAAAUAGAAACAUCUGAGAAACAGGAGUCCUUGCUUUAUGAACGGGGUAUUGUGUCUUUGCCUUGUCACAAGUUUUUACUAGGCUUAACAUUUCUUUGUGUCCUGUAUUAAUGAGCGUUUUAAGCCGUG